AUGGAUACCUGCGAGGGGUUUCUUCUAACUCCUCCUGACCGAGGCCAAAUACUGGGUCGCGCCAUCUGGAAGCCUCGAUAUGUCGUUGUCGGGGGCCGCAAUGUUUCAAGAGAAGGCGUAACCAGCCCGACGUUCCCUCCAAGCGGCUCAACCGGCCGUAUGAAUGGCGCCCCUACCAAGAUCCCGCCGAGGCCGAUCGCGAUCGACGACUACUACAUCACCAUCUUCAAGUCAAAGGUAAGAAUCAACACGACAGAGUUCUCCGGCCAAAACCUAAGCCUUCCGAACUUGCAGGACGACUGGGAACCUUCCUAUCAGUAUCCCGUCAGCUCCGUCAUCGACUGCCAGGUCCAAAUGCUCGCCCACCGCAAACAGGGUCCUGUCUUGCCAACCCUUGUCAUCACCAUCAACGAUAAGGAAAAGAAACGUCGUUCCAGCCGGGCUGCCGGCCUGAUGUCCAGCAAAGAAUCCUCAGCGACCACGUUAUGGUUCCGGACACCUCCCGAUGACCACCACAUCAGCCUUCACGAAUGGGCCCGCUUCAUCAUCUCGAGAAAGCUGCCCAUGAGCCCCGAGGAGAGCCCGGCAUCCCCUUCUUUCACGAACCCAUUUUCGCCCCAGCAGCGGUCCAGAGAUGCUUCCGAUUACUUCCCUCGCCCACCAAGCGGAAACCCCAACCCUCGUACAACUCUGCAACACAAGCCCUCGACUCAGACUUACUCGAGCCGAGACCGCCCCGUUACCUUCAGCUCUGAUUCACCGAGUCUUCGCUCAAAGGCCAGCGACGUUUCAUCUCCAACCAGCACCCAUCACCCGGCUCACAUGGGGUUUGCGCUGCCCGAUCCUAACAAGUACACUACUGUACUCCCCUCCGAUAUACCAUCUCCUAUCACCACAAUGAGCGACUACCAACAGAGCGACUUCAUCGAGGGUUGGACAGCUGCCCAGGGAAGGUCGUCCACCGUUAGCUCUCCCAUCCGCGGACGUGGCAGCGUGAGCUCUGGCGGGCCACAGCCCUUUCCUGGAGCUGACUCUAGUUCGCCGCCUGCACCACGGGAGACUAUCCUUGACAGGGCAUUCCAGUUGAGAUGCAUCCCUGGAUCUGAACAAGAAAUCCCCGGUGAGGAGAAGCUCACGUCUCUGGCUCGGUUCGAUGCUCUCAUGAGGGAGGCGGACUCAAAGAGACGGGAGCAGGUGAAGAAGGCUGAGGCGGAAAAGGCUGCCAUGCAGAGCGCUUUCGAUAUGGACGAGAAUUCGUCUGAAGAAGAGGAAGAUUCAGACUCAGAUGACCUCGAGGGAUCUCAGGACGAGUAUGCGCACGAGGGAGACGUAAAUGGCAACCGACACACCUUGAUCCCCCCGAAUGCGGCGCACGCCCUUGCAUUCCUAUCUACCCAGCCCGACGACAUCACGUCACCUCGCUCACCAGUGAUGAGGAGCUCGCCAGCCAACUUCAGCGUUCCGUUGCAGGCGCCUGCGCGCCCGCAUACGGCGCACUCCAGAAUGCGGCCGAUGACGACGCACAGAACAUACAGCCAACCUCAGCCCACGGGCCCAGAAAGGCUUGACGUUCCAACCUCAUCAUCCGGUAAGAUAUCCGAAGAAGCUAUCUUCCGAGCCAACGGGGAGAAGCGGACGUCCGGCUCCAGCGCCAAACGACUCAGCUUCACCGAGUUCACCAAGCGUCUCUCCAGCACCAGCAGCUUACUUCUCGUCCAGACCAACACGAGCGGCGGGAGCAGCUGCGGAAGCAGCGAAUUCGACCCAAGUCCAUCACAGGCACCCAAAGGUACUUUGAACGCUAGAGGCGUUCCGCCGCGGCCCCGUGAUAUCGAGAGGGAGGAGCAUGAACGACGCUGCGGAUGGCGCAACAGCGUCGGGUUUACCGAGGGUGGCUUGAUCUGA